AUGUGGGUAAGUACAGACAGCACCUUUAAUGAGAGUUCUUUAGCUUUCUUCAUCCUUACAAAUACCAAAAUAAUAUCUUCAGGUGAGAUUAAUCAACAUUUGCAAGGCCUUUCAACCCACUGGCAGCUGAGAAGAAAGACUGAGUUUCCAGCUGACCAGCCAGGUUAUGGCACCCCCUACUCAAAGGCUAUUUCACUUUCACUGGCUUUAGUUAACAAAUCAGUUUUCAAACUACAACCUCUAUUGGACCCAGAAUCUGACACUUCAAAAAGGGCUCUCGAUGAUGAGGAUAUUAUAAAAGUGGCAAGUAAAACUCCUUCUCAGCUUCUUUUACAGAAAGAACAGUUUGAUCCAAAGAAACACCACAGUAAGUUUGAAGGUUGGCAGAAACUGACUGACUGGGGUGAAAGUACGGCACAGUCCAGUACAGGCCAUGCUCUGGAAAGCCAGCAGCAGGCCUUCAGGAGCGGGAUCGUGGUGGUGGGCAAGAACAAGCAUCUCACCAAAGGCAGCCAAAAAGGAGCCAAGAAGAAAGUGGUUGAUCCAUUUUCAAAGAAGGAUUGGUAUGAUGUAAAAGCACCAGCUAUGCUCAACAUUCGCAAUAUUGGCAAGACACUGGUUACAAGGACUCAAGGAACAAAAAUUGCCUCUGAUGGUCUAAAGGGUAGAGUUUUUGAAGUGAGUCUUGCUGAUUUGCAGAAUGAUGAGGUUGCUUUUCGUAAGUUCAAGUUAAUUACUGAAGAUGUUCAGGGUAAAAAUUGUCUGACUAAUUUCCACAGAAUGGAUCUUACCCGGGACAAGAUGUGCUCCAUGGUCAAAAAGUGGCAGACCAUGAUUGAAGCCCAUGUUAAUGUCAAAACUACUGAUGGUUACUUGCUCCGCCUCUUUUGUGUUGGUUUUACCAAAAAACACAACAACCAGAUCCGUAAGACCUCUUAUGCCCAGCACCAACAGGUCCGUCAGAUUCGUAAGAAAAUUAUGGAAAUCAUGACCCAGGAGGUGCAGAAAAAUGACUUGAAAGAAGUUGUCAAUAAACUAAUUCCAGACAGCAUUGGAAAAUACAUAGAAGAGGCUUGCCAGUCCAUUUACCCUCUCCAUGAUGUAUUUGUUCGAAAAGUCAAGAUGCUCAAGAAGCCCAAAUUUGAAUUGGGAAAGCUAAUGGAACUGCAUGGUGAAGGUGGUAGCUCUGGAAAACCUUCAGGAGAUGAAACAGGCACAAAAGUAGAAAGAGCUGAUGGCUACGAACCACCAGUUCAAGAAUCUGUCUAAAAUAACUUUUAAAGGCUGAAAAAUAAAAAUUUAUUAUUGUGAAAACAAAAA